AUGGAACACCAUCAACCUGAGCAUCCAGCCCCUGGUGAGGCCAGGACUGCAGAAGCAGUCAGCCCUGAAAACCACAAGGUCUUGUCAGAACCCAAAGAGCACCCUCAGGCCAAGGAUGCCGAAGAGGCGGACGGGGCAGCUGGAGAACAGGAGCCAGUAGAGCAAGCUUCACUGCCAGCCCAAGGCCAGGAUAACUUCGAGUCCCCUCCACCAGAUGCUAGCUCAAGCCAACCAGGGCCGUCCCAGGAGGCUCAACCUGAGAUAGAGACAGUGGGGGCCUGCUCCAGGCUCCAGGAGCUUCCCCAGUCCCCCAGGGCCCGACAGCCUGAGCUAGACUUCUACUGUGUCAAGUGGAUCCCCUGGAAAGGAGAACAAACACCUGUCAUUACCCAGAGCACCAACGGCCCUUGCCCUCUCAUCGCCAUCAUGAACAUCCUUUUUCUUCAGUGGAAGGUAAAGCUGCCACCUCAGAAGGAAGUGAUCACGUCAGACGAGCUCAUGGCCCAUCUUGGAGACUGCCUUCUGUCCAUCAAACCUCAGGAAAAGUCAGAGGGACUUCAGCUUAAUUUUCAGCAGAAUGUGGACGAUGCAAUGACAGUGCUGCCUAAGCUGGCCACAGGUCUGGAUGUCAAUGUGCGGUUCACAGGAGUCUCUGAUUUUGAGUAUACACCUGAGUGCAGUGUCUUUGACCUACUUGGCAUACCGCUGUACCAUGGCUGGCUUGUUGAUCCACAGAGUCCUGAGGCUGUGAGUGCAGUCGGGAAGCUGAGUUACAACCAGCUGGUAGAGAAGAUCAUCACCUGCAAGCACUCCAGUGACACCAACCUGGUGACAGAAGGCCUGAUUGCAGAGCAGUUCCUGGAGACCACUGCCGCACAGCUGACCUACCAUGGUCUCUGUGAACUAACAACAGCUGCCAAGGAGGGCGAACUGAGCGUCUUUUUCCGGAACAACCACUUCAGCACUAUGACUAAGCAUAAGGGUCACUUGUACCUUCUGGUCACUGACCAGGGCUUUCUGCAGGAGGAGCAAGUGGUGUGGGAGAGCCUGCACAAUGUCGACGGAGACAGCUGUUUCUGUGACUCUGACUUUCACCUCAGUCACUCCCCGGGCAAGGGACCCGGAUCGGAAGGUGGGAGUGGCUCCCCGGAAAAGCAGCGGCAGGUGGACCAGGACUACCUGAUCGCCUUGUCCCUGCAGCAGCAGCAGCCCCCGCCCCAGGGCACGUCAGGUCUGAGCGACUUGGAACUGGCCCAGCAGCUUCAGCAAGAGGAGUACCAGCAGCACGCAGCGGCCCAGGCUGCCCCUGCCCGGGCCCCAUCGCCGCAGGGGAGAGGAGCCGCAUCUGGACGCCCAGCUGCUGAGCGUCGGCAAAGGCCGAAGCAAGAGUCCGACUGUGUCCUCCUGUAG